UCAUAGCCAACACAUAUCCAUUUCGAUUAGCAACUCUGAAUUCCAAACAGAGAUAACACAUUUCUUUAAUUUUCUACCUAUAUAUAUAGACAACACGAUUCUCAUCUUCAACCAUCAGCAAGCCUUCUUUAUCUUAAUUUCUUCUAGAUUUUGAUUUCUUUCACAACUAUAUACUUGAUAAAAAGAAGAGAAAAAAAAUCCUCUCAUUUCCCUUGAUUUAUUACACAAUGGCCAUCCGCCAGAUGCUGAGACGGUCUUUAUCCAGCGAGAGAAGGUCAGCUGAAGUAGUUCCCAAGGGGCAUCUUGCUGUUUAUGUUGGGACGAAUGAAAAGAAGCGAUUUGUGAUUCCAGUAUCAUACUUAAACCACCCCUCGUUUCAAGAAUUACUGUUUCAAGCUGAGGAAGAAUUCGGGUUCAAUCACCCUAUGGGAGGCCUCACCAUCCCUUGCAGUCAACAAUUAUUUGUAGAUUUCAUCUCUGGCUUCAGCUCAAGAUGAUUUGUAGCAAUGGUUUUAGGAGGAAUAGAAUUUUAUAGAUUAGAAAAUGUAUAUAUGUAUCCAUUGGCAAUACAUAAUAGUAAAUGAAUAUACAUGAAAAUUUAUGGAGCAAACUUUUGUUACCUAA